CCAACGUUAUUCGCAAUCCAGCAGUUGUCGCGAUCGGAAGCAAAUCGGAAAAUCUCCCUGGGAAUCCUAAAGCACACAGGCGAAGAAUUUGCUGGUUGUGUUGCGACGACGUCGACUCAUUUCAAUUGGAUUCAGAGUUUAAUUUAUUGAAAUGUUGCCCUUUCGCUUGGGCCUGCUACUUGGCGCUCUGCUUUUCGUGGCAAGCGCAAAUGGAGCUGCCAUCGAAAAUGUGCUAGCAAAUGAGGAUGAGGCUUCAGGCCUGAUUGACUUGCAGAGGGAGAAAAGAAGCGGCAGAGGCUAUUCAAGGGGACAAACGCAGUCUCAGUACUUAAAUUUCGGUAAACCCGAACAGGAUGGAAAGGCCGAGGCGGAGGCCAAUGAAAGUGGUUCGCGCUCAACUGUCUCUGGCACUCAUGGAAUGGGUCAGGCCCAGAGUCAGUUCUCAUCCGGAGACUGCAACGGAUGUGCUGGCUACCAAACGGAAUACCCUUCCUCCGGAAGAAUUCUGGAUGCUAGCGGUUCCGGUGGAGACGGCCGACCCGGUUCUAUUAUCAGCUUACCCGGAGGAUUGGGUGGGCAAGCAGGAAUCGGUGGUCAACCAGGAAUCGGUGGACAGCCAGGAAUUGGUGGACAGCCCGGAAUUGGUGGACAAACAGGACUCGGCGGAAGACAACCAGGAUUUGGAACACAACCAGGAGUUGGAGGGUCAACAGAUGUACAGCCUGGUGAUGGAAGCCUAUCUGGACCUGGCGCACAGAUAGGUGUCGGAGGUGGGCAACCUGGAUAUGGAGGUCAGCCUGGAUACGGAGCUCAGCCAGGAGCUGGAGGACAAGUUGGUGCUGGACAACCCGGAUAUGGAACUCAACCUGGAGUUGGUGGACAGCCAGGAAUAAGCAGUGGCCAGCCUGGACAACAAGGAGUAGGUGGAGUAGGAGGUUCCCCGGGAUAUGGCACACAGCCAGGAGGUGGAGGAAGCCAACCCGGAAUUAGUGGAACUCCAGGAGCAGGAGCUCAACCUGGAAUAGGUGGACAAUAUGGAAAUCAACCUGGUGCUGGUGGACAGACAGGUGUCGGUGGUACACAACCUGGUGUUGGUGGACAGACAGGUGUCGGAGGUGGACAACCAGGAUACGGAACUCAGCCAGGUGCUGGUGGACAGCCAGGAACCGGACAACAACAGCCCGGAUAUGGUCAGCCUGGCAUUGGUGGACAGACAGGAUAUGGAACACAGCCAGGAGCAGGCGGACAGGCAGGUGUCGGAAGCGGACAACCAGGAUACGGAACUCAGCCAGGUCAACAAGGCUAUGGAACUCAACCAGGUGUUGGUGGACAGACAGGUGUCGGUGGCGGACAACCAGGAUUCGGAACUCAGCCAGGAGUUGGUGGACAGCCAGGAAGCGGACAACCCGGAUACGGUACUCAGCCUGGAGUUGGCGGACAGACAGGAUAUGGAACUCAGCCAGGUCAACAGGGCUAUGGAACUCAGCCUGGAGUUGGUGGACAGACAGGAUAUGGAACUCAGCCAGGAGCAGGAGGACAGACAGGUGUCGGAAGCGGACAGCCAGGAUACGGAACUCAACCUGGUGCUGGUGGACAGACAGGAGUUGGUGGAUCGCAAGGAUACGGAGGUCAGCCUGGAGUUAGUGGAUCUCCUGGUUACGGAUCUCAACCUGGACUUGGUGGACAGUCAGGAGUCAGUGGAGGACAACCUGGAUAUGGAUCUCAGCCAGGAGUUGGAGGACAAUCUGGAUAUGGACAACCAGGAGUUGGGCAAUCAGGAAUUGGUGGCCCUCAGCCAGGAUACGGAGGACAGACAGGAGCAGGAGUUGGUCAACCCGGACAGACUGGAAUUGGUGGCCCACAGGCCGGAUUUUUAACUCAACCAGGAUAUGGAACUAUCAGUGGACAGCCUGGAUUUGGACAGCCCGGAUACGGAAGCCAGAGUGGCGUAAGCGGAUCGCCAGGAUAUGGAACUCAGCCAGGCUAUGGAACUCAGUCAGGAUUUGGAGGACAACCUGGAUAUGGAAGUCAACCAGGAUAUGGCACACAGCCAGGAGUUGGUGGAACUCAGCCCGGAUACGGAACUCAGCCUGGACAAGGUGGACAACCAGGCUAUGGAACUCAACCUGGAGUUGGACAAUCAUUAAUAAGCGGUGGACAGCCUGGACAACAAGGAGUAGGUGGCGUCCAACCAGGAUACGAAACCGGAAGCCAACCUGGAGUAGGAGGACAACCAGGAUAUGGAUCUCAGCAGGGAGUUGGAGGACUACAAGGAGUUGGUGGUGGCCAAUACGGAAGUCAACCAGGAACUGGUGUUGCUCAGCCCGGAUUCGGAAGAGGAACUCAAGCCGGAACUAUAGGACAACAGCCCGGAUAUGGACCGCAAUCUGGUGUUGGUGGACAGACAGGAUACGGAACUCAGCCGGGAGUAGGCGGACCAUCAGGAUAUGGAACGCAGCCUGGACAGCCAGGAUAUGGUACUCAACCUGGUGUUGGUGGACAGACAGGAGUUGGUGGCGGACAACCGGGAUAUGGAACUCAACCUGGUGCAGGUGGACAGCCAGGUGUCGGAGGUGGACAACCGGGAGUAGGUGGAUCUCCAGGAUACGGAAUUCAGCCAGGUGCUGGUGGACAGCCAGGAAGCGGACAACCGGGAUACGGAGUUCAGCCUGGACUUGGUGGAACGACUGGCGCAGGAGUGGGUCAACUAGGACCUUCUACCCGGUACACAGAUGGCACCGGAGUUGCUCCUGGUGGUGUUGGAGGCGCUGGUGCAGUUGUUCCUGCCGGCGGCACUGGUGGAGCUGACGACGCCUACUCCCAAGCGGAGUCGACUAUUGGCGACGGACAGGCAUCGGCAAGUGCCCAGGGCAAGAAGAAUGGAGGCACGGCCAAGACCCAGGUGUCCGGAACCUACAGCUCGGGCGGAACCUUCAGUGCCAGUGCGAUGACCUCGGAUGCGGAUCGGGCGGCCAGUGCCCAGGUGACCGGGAAUGCUGAUGGUGCCGUGAGUCAGUCGCAGGGAUCGGGAGGUCCUGCCCAGUCGCAGGCCCAGGUGCAGGUGGCCAAGGACGGCGGCACCAAGGCCUCGUCGCAGAGCGGAGGCAUCAUCCAGCAAAGCCAGAGCGAGGUGCAUGCCAAUGACAAGGGCGGCCUGGCGGACGCCCAGUCGAGUGGACCGGGACAAACGUCAUCCCAGGCUCAGAUCGGUUUCCGACCCGGCCAGGAAACCAAUCCCCCAGCGGCCAAUGGCGGCGGCCAGGCCUCGUCCUCAUCGGGCACCCACUCCAGUCAGAGUAGCUCGCAGAUUCACGGAACCUCCAGCUUUGGCGUUUCGUACCAUGGAGCUGCCCAGUCGGCGUCGGGAACCAAGGAGCAGGUGGCCACCUACAGGGAACAAAAUCGGGAGCUCUUCAACACCAUCAGUCAGUUUGGCAACAAUGGCAAUGCAGUUACUGAUCGCGCUGAUUCUGUCUACAGUGGACCUGCGCUCACCGAUGAAUCCGACCGGGUGCCAGAAGCCCAGCUGAAAUCGAACAAACCAAAGGAGGAGGCUGAGCAGGCGCAGAGGAAGCCGGACCAGCCGGAGCCCGUUCAGUACGAGGACGAGGACGAAACCGAUCCCGAUGAAUACGAUGAGGAUGAGUACUACAACGAGAAGCCGGUCAAGCUAGAGGAGAGCCCCAAGUCGGCGAGCAUUGUCAAGCAACCGGAGCCAACUGCAAAGCCUCUGGCCUACCAACAGUCGUCGCCCUCGCAAAGUCAAAAGGCCGUCGUGGUUCCCGGAACAGGUGAUAAGUUUCAAUUAGUUCAAAAGCAGAACGGUAAGACCGUUACCCAUACCGAAGCCUCGACCACCGAGGCCGUACCACCGGGAUUCCGAGGCACCGUCAAUGUGGAGAAGAAGUUCCACACCAAGGCCCUGGAGCUGCGCACUCCCAAGGCGGUGGAGAUCACUCCCGAUACGAACGAAGCGGGCCCGGUUCGAGGUGACAAGCCGAUUCUACGGGCUCCCGACAGCUAUGUCACCGUCACCAAGUCGGUGACCGGCAGCAUGGACAACAGCAAGAAUCCCCCGCAGGAGAACAAGAACUUCCAGUCGACUUACUAUACCAAGUCCUCGACCUGUGGCUACUUCACCUUCUCGUGCAACAUCGUCUACGGUGCCAACGGAAGGAGCAAAAUCUGCCGGCCCAAGGCGCCCACCAAUGGCAAAUGCUAAGGGAACACUUUAUAAAUCCUCUAACGCCAACCCUAUUAUAGUAGAUCAGUUCCAAAGGGGCUCAAUUGUAGAAGAGCUUAGCCAAGUGCCACCUACAAACACCUAUUUGUAUUUUGAUGCAGCUUGAUCCUAAGCAUUUAAGUGUUUUUUCGCAAGUAAUUCUAGAGUUUCACUGCCAUAUCUUAAAUAUUCGUACGAUUUGCAACUGUAAUUAAUAUUUAAUAACAAAUCACAAAAAAACAGA